UCCAUAAUUAACCUGUCAGUUUCUACUCAGUCCCCCUGCACUUCACAUCUCGGUAAGAUGGAGUUAGAGCCGUGUGAUUCAACUAAGGCGGCGUUUGCGGAGUCUACUUUGUAUCUUUUAUACCAAAGAAAAUUGAAGGCUCUUCUCUAUGAGCAAGCUGCACUAAGCCGAGAUUUAGUUUUAUAUCAACAAAAAAUUAAAAAACUACUAUAUUUAAAGGAAAAAGCUCUUGAGGAUAUAUUGCAAAAGGGUUUAAUAUCACUUUCUUCGACUGAUGAGUGUGAAGGUUUAGAAGAGGAAAGUUCAAGUGACGAAGUGUCCCUCUUCUUUAAAGGAAUUGAGGACGAACAUAUAGAAACUUUUCCUAAGCACUAUAAAAAGGCUCAUAAAACAAAACCUCUUGAAAAAUCUUCGAAAAAUUCAAAAAGUUGUAAAGCGAAAUUCUGUCGAAGCUUUGCUGUCUUACGGAGUCCCUAUUGCAGAAGGCACACACCACUUGACCCAGACUCAGGUCAAAUUUACUGUGUCUACGUCGACAGUAGAACUGGAAGACGGUGUCGCCAAGUUAUUCACCUCUCUCAAGCUACUCAACUUUGUCAUCACCACCGAAAAAACGAAGAAGUCUUGAGAACUUAAAAACCUAGUAUCUGUUUUACAGUCUGGAGGAAAUACUAAAAAUAUUAUAAUAAAGAAUCAGCUGGCCCAGCGCAUAAAUUCGGGGCCCCCUUUUCUAAAGGGUAUAAGCUGC